UUUGGUUAAUUUAGUCUGGCCUAGCCCAUCACGACGUGCUGCACCACGUUUUUCCAUGCCCUCGUCCGUCUCGUCUGGCCGAGUCUCCAGCCAUUAGAAUUUGGCAGAGAAUAAAAUCCUUCUCAACAAUCCAUCCACUCGCCCAAUUAAAACCGAUCGCCUGCUCGUUCAACGGCAACAAAAAGAGAAGAAAAGAGGCCAUGGUGGCUUCAUCCCCUCACCAAAUCCACAGCCCCCCGGCUCUGACCCAUAAGUAAAGCCACGCUCCCUCUAGCCGGCUAGCGCGCGCUCUCCCCCUCUCCGCGGCACGCAUCAUCAGACGACCCACGUACAUACCAAGCGGAGAGGGACCAGCAAAGCGAAGCUGCGGGCGCCAUGUCAUUCCCCGGCCGCCGCAAGUCCUCGCUCGCCGGCGCCGGCGGGGGUGCCGGCGGCGGACCGUUCGACUCGCUCGGCGCGAAGCAGAGCGCGUCGCGCAAGGGCGGGCGGCUGCCGGUCUACGUGGCGGGCAUCUUCUUCGUCAUCUUCGUCAUCAUCAUGUACGGCGAGGACAUCCGGUCCGUCACCCUCGAGCCGCUCGCGCGCGGCGUCGGGCCCGUCAGGCAGCAGGCGGUCGUCGUCUCGGACGCCGGCCGCGCGGCCGCCACCCCGCGGCGGGACGUGCUCUCUUCGUCCACGGAGAAGAGGACCGUCGCCCCGCGGCGCGACGUGAUCGCUUCUCCGGAGAGGCCCGUCCCCGUGGCGCUGCCGCGCGACGACGGAAGAGAGACGCCGGGGCACACGCCGGCGAAGACAGAGACGGCGCCGGAGCAGGUGAUCCGGAAGGUCACCGCCCCCAAGGUGAAGAAGCCGAAGAAGGCGAAGAAGCCGAGGCGGCUGCGGCCGGCGAGGAAGACGGUGGCGGCGGGGGGCGUGGUGGGGUCGCCGGAGACGUGCGACCUGUCCAAGGGCGAGUGGGUGUUCGACAACGCGAGCUACCCGCUGUACCGCGAGGAGGAGUGCUCGUUCCUGACGUCGCAGGUGACGUGCAUGAAGAACGGCCGCCGCGACGACAACUACCAGAAGUGGCGGUGGCAGCCCAAGGACUGCGACAUGCCCAGGUUUGAUGCGAAGCUGUUCAUAGAGAGGCUCCGGAACAAGCGGUUCAUGUUCGUGGGGGACUCGCUGAACCGGAACCAAUGGGAGUCGAUGGUGUGCCUGGUGCAGUCGGCCGUGUCGCCGGACAAGAAGUACGUCACAUGGGAGGACCAGCGGGUCGUCUUCCACGCCUGGGAGUUCAACGCGACGGUGGAGUUCUACUGGUCGCCGUUCCUGGUGGAGUCCAACUCGGACAACCCCAAGAUCCACAGCAUCCCGACCCGGAUCAUCGACGCGGGGGCGAUCGCCGCGCACGCCGAGAACUGGCGCAACGCCGACUACCUCGUCUUCAACACCUACAUCUGGUGGAUGAACACGCUCAACAUGAAACUCAGGAGGCCGGGCGGGCAGGACUGGGAGGACCAUGACGAGGUGGUGAGGAUCGAGGCGUACCGGAAGGUUCUCAGCACCUGGGCCGGCUGGGUGAACGACAACAUCGACCCGGCGCGCACGUCCGUCUUCUUCAUGAGCAUGUCGCCUCUUCACCUCAGCCCGCAGGUGUGGGGAAACCCUAACGGCAUCCGGUGCGCGAAGGAGACGAUGCCGCUGGUGAACUGGCGUGGGCCGAUAUGGCUGGGGACGGACUGGGACAUGUUCAAGGUGGCGUCCAACAUCACCCGGGCGGCGGCGCCGCGGGUGCCCAUCACCUUCGUGGACAUCACCACCAUGUCGGAGCGGCGCAAGGACGGGCACACCUCCGUGCACACCAUUCGGCAGGGCCAGAUCCUCACGCCGGAGCAGCAGGCCGACCCCGGCACCUACGCCGACUGCAUCCACUGGUGCCUCCCCGGCGUGCCCGACAUCUGGAACAGCUUGCUCUACACCAGGAUCAUGUCCAGGCCGGAGGCCGCGACGGCCGCUCUUACGGCGAGAUAGAUAGAUGCAUGUUUAGAGUUCUGUCGAUUCGAAAAGUUCUUUCUUCUUCUUCUUCUUCUUCUUCUUCUUCUUUGCAUUCUUUCUGGCCUGUUUAGUUUUUACGUGUCAAAAUACGCCAGCUUUGUUUUGUUUCUUUUUUCAUUGGGGGUAGGUUAAGUGGAAAGAGAUUAAUUAUAUAAGGUGAUACAUGGCUCAUGGACUGCCAUGUGCGUGCACAUAUGCGCUGUAAGGAGGUUCUUGCUCAAACUGUAAAUUCUAAAGUCAAAGAGAUGAACAGAACAGAUGGUUUAUAGAGAAAUGGAGAGUUGCGUC